GGGAUGGCAUUCCCUGUGGACCUGCUGGAGAACUAUAGUCAUGAAGAUCUGGAGAGUUCUGCAGAAGACUACCUUUCUGAUCUUAGGUGUGGGGAUCCGGAAAACCCAGAGUUCCUUUCUCUUGUCAAUAACGUCAAAAUUCCAAUUUGCUUAUCAACUGUAGGCUUUGUUCCUCUUUAUGGUGGAGAGGAGAGACACAAAGUCCUUGCUUUGUUUGCUCCGGAGGAUUCACUUGCAGCUGUUGCCCUGUUCCUAGCAGAUCAGUGGUGGACUAUUGAUGACAUUGUGAGAACAUCUGUUCUUUCUAGGGAAGGACUUCAGCAGGUGAAGUCCAUUGGGGAGAGAGUGGUUCUUUAUGUAUUAAAUAGAAUAAUUUAUCGCAAACAAGAAAUUGAGACAAACGAAUUCCCGUUCCUUUGUCAUGGUAGCCAUGAUUAUGCCAAGAUCUUAUGGAAGAAAGGAGAAGCAAUUGGCUUUUAUUCUGUUAAACCUACAGGGAGCAUGUGCAGUGCAUUUCUUACCCAGAGCUACCAGCUUCCAGUCCUGGACACAAUGUUUGUGAGGAAGAAACACAGAGGGAAAGAUUUUGGACUGCUCAUAUUGGAAGAUUUUGUGGAUUCAUUUACGGAAGACACACUUGGCCUGCGGUACCCAAUGACAUCUUUUAUGCGUGCUGCUUGUCAGAAGUACUUUGAAAAGUACCCAGGAGAUCAUGAUCUUCUGUGGGAAGUUGAAGGAGUGGGCCACUGGCAUCAGAGAACACUUGUCGCUAGUAUAUUGCAGAGAGAAACUCUCAAAUACAUAGGAGACUUGCAGAAGGAAAGCAGCAGUUCUCAGGCAGAGGAAAGUUUUUUGCAAUCUGCCGUGGACUUCAACACCUCAAAUGAACUAGCAUCUGAUCCCAGUGAUACACAGCUAAGUGUGGACUCUCAUAAAAACAAAGACAGCGUAGAUGGAUGUGAAGGCACUUCGGAAGAACUUAAUGCUGUGCCACUUUCUACUCGAUCUCGAAACAAUCAUCUGAAACGUCCCAAGUUGGGGAAAAGGAUCCAAGAAUCUGAUGUUGCUGAUGGUGAAGAUGGAAAUGUUUCUGAAGCAUCGGAAAACAGACUGGAACCUGCUGCUCGUAUGUCUGAAAGCUCAGAAGAGUUGAUAGAAGAGAUAGAAGAAAAUGUAGCUGAACAUGAACCGGAGGAGAUAACUGAAAAUAAAAGGCAACCAGUACAAGAAGUGCAACAGUUGUCUGAGAAACCAGAUGAGAAAGAGGAAUCGGAUGUAGAGCCGCUCAACGGAGAGCUAACAGAGCAUGCCAUCAAGGUUUCAUUGGUGACCGAAGGGGAAACGGUGAACGAAGCUGUGGACGGGGAAUCAAAGCUGCUGUCGGAUAGUUCAGAAGAAGCAACUUUAACUUUACUAGUCCCGUUAAUUCUUGACUCUUCAGAGAAAUCUCCUGAAGGCAGUGAGGACAAUAUGUCAGAUAAGGUUGAAAGUAUGGCAGAUUCAGAAGUACCACUAGAAGAGGAACAAGCACAUAGGAAAAGGGCUGCUGUCCAUAAUGCAGAUAUUGUUGCAUCAUCACAAAAAGAAGAGCCCUCUAAUAACGGCCUUUCAAACUCUGUAGCAACCGAAGCUUCAGAAGAUAACGUUUCUGAGAAUGUGUCUCCCAAUACCACCUCUUCCCUGGAAGAGCAAAGUGAAGGAGGGUCUGACUCGCCAGAGGCCCCUGUUGCUCUGGGUCAGGGGUCCUUAAUGAUGGUUGAACUGGAGGAUAUUGCAUACCAGCAACACACAGAGGGGCAAAAGAAUCAGAUGGACGAACAGUCUGAGGAGUCGGCCGAGCCAGCGUCGGAGAGAGCGGCAGACAGCAGUUCUGAGGAAGUGGAAGUGGAAGUUCCCAUAAUAGACAGGCGGACCUUACGAAGAAAGGCCAAAGGGUACAAAGGACCACCCAAGAAAAAAGGGAAGCUAAUUUAAACCGUGAGCCAUUGUUGUCACAGCUGGAACAAUUACUGU